AUGCUUAAGAUAUUCGGACUCUUUAAAAAAAAUGGUGCAAGUCCAUAUCCACCAGAACUUGAAAAACGGUACAAAAUUUCAAAGAAUGUUCUUGGUGUUGGCUCCUUUGCCAUUGUAAAAGAAUGUACGGAUAAAGAAACAGGAGAGAAUUAUGCAUUGAAAAUUAUCGCAAAGAAAGUAAUAAAAAGUAAGGCUCAAGGAAAAGAGACCAUGCUUACUACCGAGCUUAAUAUUCUCAAACAAAUUCAGCAUGAGAACCUUGUAAGACUACAUGAUCUAUAUGAAACGAAAGAUGGGGUUUAUAUUGUAACCGAUCUUGCAAGAGGUGGUGAACUAUUUCAACAACUCUUAUUGAAAGGAUCUUAUACGGAAAAAGAUGCUGCCAGUCUGGUGCGACAAAUAUUAAAAGGUGUAGAAUAUUUACACGAGAAUGGUAUAGUACAUAGAGAUUUAAAGCCAGAAAAUCUUCUUUUCAAGGAUAAACUAGAGGAUUCAAUACUGAUGAUUACAGAUUUUGGACUUUCCAAAAUUUUAACGAAAACUGAUGAUGUAUUGAUGACGGCUUGUGGUACUCCAGGUUAUGUGGCUCCAGAAGUACUUUUGCAAAAAGGUUAUAAUAAGCCAGUAGAUCUUUGGAGUAUUGGUGUAAUCACUUAUACUAUGUUAUGUGGAUAUCCACCAUUUUAUGGGGAAAAUCAAGCCGAGUUACUUCAAUCCAUCAUGGCUGGAAAAUAUGAUUAUGAAGAAGAAGAUUGGUGUGAUAUAUCUGAUGAUGCAAAAGAUUUGAUUGAUAAAUUAUUAUGUUAUGACCCACUAAAAAGAAUCACUGUAAAAGAAGCCCUUCAACAUAAUUGGUUCAUGUCAGCGGCAGAUGUAAAUCUUCUCGAUACUGUACGAAAAAAUCUUUCACCAAAAGAUGCUUUUAAAAGAGCUGUUCGUCUUGUUCAAGGUGUGAAUCGUUUACAAAGAUUAUCAAAAAUUAAGCAUCAAGAUGGUAAUGAUACCAUCAUGCAAGAGCAGGUUGUUACCAUCAUGCAAGAGCAAGUGGUUACCGAAAGUGG